AUGAAACUUAUAGUAUGUAACGAACUUCAAAGUAUAGAUACAACAAAAGUUUUAAACUCAGAUGCUUUGAAGAGUCUUAUAACAGACAAAGUUGGAGUUGUUGAAAGAAAAUAUAAAGACCAAAGAGUUUGUGAAAAUGUUGCAAAUUUCAUUAUGGUUUCAAACAAUGCUGUUCCGAUGAAGUUAGAAAGUUCUGACAGAAGAUAUGUAGUUGUCAGAACGUCAGAAGCUCAUAUGCAAGAUACAGAAUAUUUUGACGACUUAGCAGAAACUUUGACAUCUGACUUUUACAACCACUUGUUCUCAUAUUUCAUGACAUUAGAUAUUUCUAAGUUCAAUCCAAGACAAAUUCCACAUACCGAAGAGAGACAAACAUUGUUAGAAGCAAACAAGAGUGUAUAUGAACUGUUCAUAGAUGAAACUGACUUUGUGUCAUUAGAUGAAAGGUCAUUGUACGAUUCGUAUAAACAAUAUUGUCAAGAAUAUGGUUAUAUGACAGCGUCUAAACGAACAUUCUUGGCAAAUGUCAAAAGUCUUUUAGAUGUUCAGAAUGGUGUAUAUACAAAGAAAAAUUUUUCUGAGUAA